AUGCUGGAUCCGACCAGCCAACAAAAUCCGAUCGGAUUCCUGGAAAUGGAAUCGCAUCGGAAUCCGACUAGAAAAAUUCAGUCGAAAAUCCGGAAAAUUCAUGUUUCGGAUCCGAGACCAUCGGAAUCCAAUGCGAUUCCGUCAUCCGGAUUUCAUCGGAUCCGUCGAAUUCCUGUAGGAUCCGAUAAAAUCCUAUAUUGUAUCCGAUCGAAUCCGAUAUCAUCAACUGUUACAACUAGUUAUGACAGAACCAGUGAAGCUAGCAAAUGUUUCAUCACGAGACCAGCAUGCAUGUCUGUUGAGCUCAAUGCUCAUAAUCUGCCGUAUCUGAUUCUGUUAGUGCAAGAGAAACAAUUGCCCAAACAAGCGCUGAUCAAUAUACAUCUAUUCAGUUCACAACCAUGUGAAGCAAUUUUUAGAGAUGCAAGAUCCUUAAGUGGCACGUUCUCUUCAACAAUCAAUUUUACGGUGAAAGAUUUCAUUCGUCGUUCAAAAAAACUAUCGAUAUUGAAUCAGAUAAAAAACAAUUCAUUGCAGAAAGAAUUAUCGUUCCCUACUCAUUACAAGCGCGAACAUGCACAAUCAUUGGCCACAUCGCUGUCUUCGUUAGAUGCCAUUGAUACGUUGGAUAUUGUGCAAAUAAUAUCGAUCGCAUACGACGAAGCGAUAGAUCUUGUUGAGCAUUCGCAGAUAUUGGAGAUAUUAGAAAAUUUUCCAACUGAGAUGGGUAGUGACGACGAUGAUGAUAGUGAAACCGUAUUAAACUCAAUCAAAUCAGAUUUUGAUGGAAUCCGAAUAACUGAUAAUUGUAACCCUGCUGUCUAA